GUAUCAAUUGUCUUAAAGAUAUACCAACUCUUGAAGUUUGUAUUAUCAAUGAAAUAUAUUAUUCUUCAGAUAAUCGAAGAUUGUAUUGUAUUAAAGAAGCAAUUAAGAAAGGGUUAAAAGUUGAAAAGAUACCUAUCUUGAUCAAAAGAGUAACAGAUACAAAUAUUCAAUAUAAAUUAGAUGGGUCUUAUUUAAUUAUUAAUAAAAAUAAAAAUUUUAACAAUAUAUUAGUAUCUCAAUAUGCAAGAAAUAGUAGAGUUGUAGAUAAAAAAGAAAUGAAAAUUUGGGAUUCUCAGAUAAUUUAA